CGCUUCUUCGUCUGGUGUCUGGAAGGCAUUUUUCCGCAACCCGGAACGAGCCCCGUAGAUGCCUCAUUCUCUCCUACACAAUUCGCUCAACACACAAAAGUGGAGCAUAGCGAUUUCAACCAGUUAGAUGUGUGUGCUCAUCCGGUUGUGUGUCUUCUGACCUCGUACCCUAAAAGCUCCACCCGUCCUUCAGACUGGCUUAUCCAACCACCUCAGAGGGAAGACGAGAUACUCGAGACUGAUGGAAUCCUUUCAGGCAGUUUCGCGAGCCCUAAAAGUGUUGCUCGUGCAUAA